UCAAAACCACGUUUAUUUUGAAAUUGACAUAUUAACAUUUAACAACAAUUUUGUUGUUUAAUAUUUAGAUAACAUGACAUUGACGACAUUUAAAAGGAAAUAACUCAAAGAAUAGAAUAAAAUAUAUUUUGUUGACAUGAGGCUGUGACGAUGACUUCAGUAACAAUAUUCAAGCGAAAAAAAAAUAAAGCAGAGUUUACUGCUGAAAAUAUAAACAAUACUGCUCCUGUGAAAAAUAUUUUAGAAGAAUUUCAAGAUAGGAAUGCCCAAGCUUACAUGUAUUACUGUCAUAAUGUGAGACAACGUUUAACAACGCCGAAGACACUACAAAACUACCACUUCGUAGUACCUGGCUAUCCAUUAAAUUGUUUUGACGAUGAUUGGGAUGGAGCCUUGAACUUUGACUACUUUGAACAUUUUUCGUACAAAAGCUUAUAUCCAAAAAUGAUCACAGAAUUAAAAAAUACAAUGAAAGCAGACCCAUUGACAAGUUUUAUGAAAACUAAAAUGUCUUGGCAAAGAGAUUGUCGCAAUUUAAAAUUAACUGCUGCUUUCACUAACAUGAAUCAAAAGUAUGAAGUUCUAAAUGACGAGGUGGUACAGUGUCCCAAGCAUAUAGUAGACACAGCUGCCCAUAUAGAUAGUGAUCCCGACCCAAAUUUUGACAGCUCAUAUAACUGGUACUAUGCAGGCAAUGGUAACCUACAGCUUGUGUGCAUUGAUUGGAUUGAUUACUUACUUCAUAGUGAAUUUUCCACUGUCUAUUUAACACAGUUGAAUAGAAAUGAUUUAAAUAUUAAGCCCAACAUAGAAGCAUCUUUUGACUGUGGUGAAGGGAAGAACAUUUUGGAAACCAUAUUUUCAUCACAAAAUAUUACAGUUUUAAGGACAAAAUACAAGAUAUUUAUAUUAAGUUUGACAACUGGUGAUGAAAUAAAAUUUGAAAAAAUCAAAGGAAUCGAUUCUGAGAUCCCUUUCACAGGGAUUUCAUUUGAUGCUUUCCAUAAAAACAUAAUAUAUGUAACUACUUUAGAUAGUAAAUUAUUUAUAGUAAAUCUAGAUAGAUUGAAAGCAAAGAUUAUAAAUCUGGUAGACAGGCCGACUUUAAUAGAUAACUGGAACACUGUGAUCAGUUCAGAGAGGGGAUUCUACACACAUGUGGGAAGGCAGAGCGUAACGCUUUAUGACAAAAGGAGUCAUGACACCAUCCAUAUAUGGAAAAAUGUAAGAAAUAUUACUGACGAAAUGGCCUGCAAUGAUAUAAGUGUGGCCAAGCACUUAGAAGGCACCUCGUCGCUGUACUUUGGAACGGAUCAUCAUCUCUUUUUAAUGGACUUGAGAUUCCAUCAAAAAAACGCCAAAGUAGUUCAGAGGUGGACACACGGCAUGGAGUGUGUACCAACAUAUUUAGCUAAUUGCAUCUUUGAAUCCAAUAAAGAUCUGAUAUGCUUAAGUAGUCAAUGGUGUGAGGAUAUGUGCGUGGUGCCUAAUUAUAGUAACCGAAAUUCCAAAGACACCGUAAAUGGUGGGGUCUUUAUACCUUACCGGCCGCCUAACAUAUUGAACACACUCAAUGAAGCCAGGCAGCGGCGGCUAUGUUACGAUCUCUACAAUCCAAUAGACAGUAGACUGAGCAGCUCCAUCACCGGGCUGCUGGUGAUGGAACAGGAUGACAGAUACAACAUUCUUAUGCAGAACUCACUUGGGGACAUUUCUUGUCACUCAUUAUUUCAAGAACAUAUGGAAACGUUCAUCGAAGACGAUAGCACGCAGUGUUUGCACGACUGGGCCGCGAAAUAUAAAGUAGGGGGUAAAGAUUUCGAAGUCUCGUCUGUUCCGAAUGUAGCUAAUAUUUGGAAUAAAUUAAAAAGAGUGCCGAGUGACUAUGAGAUCUGUGAAAAUGUGGCUGUGAGUGAAUUUGAUGAAAAGGAGAUUGCAAAGGCUUUCGAUAAUGAGGAAAUUGACAGCGGUCUGCGAGAAGCCUGGCUGAAGACGGACGAGGAGCUUGGAGAACAAUCAUCACUGAUGCUGAACUUACACUUCUCUGAUGACGACGAGGAAUAAAUGUUGGUUGUGGCAAUCAUUCACUAAAGUAAGGUGCUUGUUCAAAUCUCGUGACGUAAUUAUUUUGUGAUAUAUCUUGCAUCUAAAUUUUAUCGACGUAUUAGCUUGAUGUUGCUUUAGUCUUAUAGUUAUAAAGAAAUUAAUUUUUCUCCAUUAAAAAGGGGGAAGGCUGUGUAUUAAAGUAAUAAAACAUUAGUUUCA